AUGCUAAAACGUUUCGUACAAUCGUUACCGCCAUUGUCGUUGUCAUCCAUGCCAAACCGUUUUAAUCCAAAGAGUACAGUCAGACCGUUUCAUCGUAACCACUAUUCCAGACGACAAGCAGGGCAACAACAGAACCAAUCAUAUUCGAAAUACCCUAGGAACGAUUACGCUCGACAGAUGGAUAGAAAGAAUGAUUUGCUGCAUGUUAGAAACUUGCCAAAGGAUACAAGACAUGGGAUGGCAAUGUAUAAAGCAGCUACAACAAAAGUGAAAAAUACUUUGGCGAAAUCUCAUGAAUCAUGGAUUAAUAAAUUCCCCCAUUUCGAACGAUUAAAUCAAAUGACUUAUAAGCCUAGUGCCACGGAACCUCUUGACAAGUAUUUGACUCAAAUAGAAACUUAUUAUAAAGGUUUACAGAAGAAAAGUAAUGAAUCACUUGCUGGGAAAAUAGAAGUUUUGGAUAAACAAUGGAUCAAACAAUCUGGGAAAGUACCCGACGUGAAACUCACAGAUGAUAAAGACGCUGUCGCAUAUAAGAAACAAUUGAAGGAUUUGAAGAAAAGUCAUUACCCUACGGUGUAUUGUAGUCCAGGUUCCACAACAUUUGAUUAUUUACAUCGUAGUAUAGAAUUAUUAUCCAGUCGAAGCACGAUUCUAUUCUCAUUUGAUAUCGAGGCCUUCGAAUUGGAUAAUAGUGUGGUCACAGAAGUAGGAAUAUCCAUAUUUGACCCCAGAGAAAAUAUGACAGGUUUAGUGCCAAUCACAAGAAAUUUCCAUAUUAUUGUCUCCGAGGCUCUUUCAUUACGUAAUAAGAAAUGGGUUUGUGAUUUGAAAGAAUGCUAUUUGAUGGGACAAAGUCUUGUAUUAAAUUUAAAUGAAACUGUGGAGUUUAUUCAAUCCUUAAUCAAUUAUUACAUGGUAGAAUCCACAGAAGAAUCAAGAACAUGGAAUCGUGCAUAUGUAGGUCAUAAUAUCGACGGUGAUAUUAAGUGGCUUCAAAACAUCGGUGUGGAAAUCCCGUUUGUCAACAAAUUGAACAAGACAUUGAACGAAUCAAGUAAAGGGAUACCGUACGUCCUGGAUACAAUGAAACUAUAUAAUGGUUGUUAUGGACCUAAUGGUGGUAGUCUUGGGAAAAUAUUAAGACUAUUUGGUUUACCUCACGCUUUCUUGCAUAACGCAGGGAAUGAUGCACAUUAUACGUUGGAAUUAUUGAUGCAUAUGUGUGAUAUAAAUUUCAGAACUCAAUAUGGUCUUGAUGAUUUAGAUAAAUUUCAAAGAAGAGCACAAGAGUUUAUGGAUCGUAGUAAAAUUGAACCCAAAGUGUUACCUAUAUCAUAUAGUAUCACUAUGAAAGAUGUUGCUCGAACAAGUAAACCGAAAAAGGAUUUAGUACCGCAAACAGAGUUUGGUGGAUCUAAAUGGUUUGCUUCUGCUAAUGAAGCAUUUGAAAGUACGAUAGAAUAUACAGGUAGCUUAUUUUAA